AUGGUACCCACAAGAGGAAAUUUCUUGAAAGUGAAUGUUGAAUUGGGUUUAGUAGCAGCGGAGUCGGGUACUCGGAGAAGUGAUUCCUCGUCACUGGGUUCGUUGUCGCAGAGAUCGAAGAAGAGGGAGGAGUUUGUGGCGACGACAGUAGUGGUGGAUGAGAGUAAGAGUUCGAACCAGGCGGCGUUUGGCCAAAGAGUUUCUAGAUCUAGAUCCAUCAGGUGUGAAAGCAAGAGCUUUUUUGGGGACUUUUUCGAGCGAAUCUCUACUGGGUUCGGAGACUACACUCUCGGGCGAGUCGAGUCUCAGAGAGAAGGCCACCGCCACGACGACGGAGAACGGGAAUGCAUCAUGGAGAGAGUCAAGUGUGAUAGGAUUUUUAGUGGGUUCAUGAUCACUUCCUUAUCCUCUUCAUCUUCUUACUGGGUUUCAUCUUUAAUUGAAGAAAAUAGGAAGUUGACACCAGCGGCAGUGGUAGUGGCGGUGGCGUAUGGAAGAAGUAAGAGUUGGGGUUGGGAAUUUACAAGUCCAAUUAGAGCUUUCAAGCCUUCUUCUUUUUUAGGGAAGAGAGAGGUUUCCAACAAAACCACCACUCCAAACCUAAAUGCCAUUCCUUCAUUGUUGACUUUCAAUGUUGAUACAAAGACACUUGAGAUGGAUCCAAAUGGGCCUUCAAAGAAAGAUACAUGA